AUGGCUGAGCAGUUGAUUCUCAAGGGUACCCUCGAGGGCCACAAUGGCUGGGUCACCAGCCUGGCUACCUCCAUGGAGAACCCCAACAUGCUCCUGUCUGCUUCCCGUGACAAGACUCUGAUCAUCUGGAACCUCACCCGUGACGAGUCCCAGUACGGUUACCCCAAGCGCUCCCUCAAGGGCCACUCCCACAUCGUCUCCGACUGCGUUAUCUCCUCGGACGGCGCCUACGCCCUGUCUGCCUCUUGGGACAAGACUCUCCGCCUUUGGGAGCUUGCCACCGGCACCACCACCCGCCGUUUCGUCGGCCACACCAACGAUGUUCUGUCCGUCUCUUUCUCCGCCGACAACAGACAAAUCGUUUCCGGCUCCCGCGACCGCACCAUCAAGCUCUGGAACACCCUCGGUGACUGCAAGUACACCAUCUCCGAGAAGGGUCACUCCGAGUGGGUUUCCUGCGUCCGCUUCAGCCCCAACCCCCAGAACCCCGUCAUUGUCUCCUCCGGCUGGGACAAGCUCGUCAAGGUCUGGGAGCUCAGCACCUGCAAGCUGCAGACUGACCACAUUGGCCACACCGGCUACAUCAACACCGUCACCAUCUCCCCCGAUGGAUCCCUCUGCGCCUCCGGUGGCAAGGAUGGUACCACCAUGCUGUGGGACCUUAACGAGUCCAAGCACCUCUACUCCCUCAACGCCAACGACGAGAUCCACGCCCUUGUCUUCUCCCCCAACCGCUACUGGCUCUGCGCUGCUACCGCCAGCAGCAUCAUCAUCUUCGACCUUGAGAAGAAGAGCAAGGUUGAUGAGCUCAAGCCUGAGUUCACCGCUGUCGGCAAGAAGAGCCGUGAGCCUGAGUGCGUGAGCUUGGCCUGGUCCGCCGAUGGCCAGACCCUGUUCGCCGGUUACACCGACAACAUCAUCCGUGCCUGGGGUGUCAUGUCGAGAGCAUAA